ACCAUCAUUGCGCGCGCGUCACCCCGAGGACUGUGCCAGCCUGUGAUAUACGAACAGUGAAAAGUUCAUGAACUGGGUGUUGAAUUUGUUUGAACUAUAUCACGUGACGCAGAUCCUUUCAGCAUCCUGAAAUUACUUGAACUUCGGUAUCCUCGAACGACAACACUCAGUCCCAGUGUUAAUAAGGACGGCGGCGGCGGUGAGCGAGCGGUCGAGGAGCUCACAGAUAACGAAUGUUGCCACGGCCUCUGGAUAGAAGCACAAUGCGGCUUAUAAUCUGUUUAGUAUUAUUGGCGUACGUCGCUGAUGCGGCAAAAAAGUUCGAGGGUACGCUAAGAUCAGCGGCUGAAGCGCCCGCGCAAGACAAUCUGGCCGUGGAAUCUGGGACUCCAGAGCCAGUAGUUGUGGCCGCGCCCCAAGAAUACAAGAACCCUAGCGCUCCACCGUCGCCGCCACCCAAGAUAGUACCUGAAGAUCCAGUGGAAUCUGCAUCUUCUGUUCCCGAAACAGCUUCAGGAGGUGUGCCUCCUUCAGCGCCUAGUGGAAUUUCGGCGCCAUCAGCACCAGCCAAUUCUUUAGAAGAGUGCGACCCAGAAAUGAUAGGAUUUGAACUUGUAACUGGGUACGUGUUCUCGGCGCCGUCUCACAUACUAGACGACAUCCCCGGCACUCUGAUGUUGACCGACUGCCUGGAGCAGUGUCAGGCCAACGACACCUGUCGAGCAGUCAACUACGAGACCGGCCUAUGCGUGCUCUUCAGCUCUGACGCGGACCAAUUACCUGGUGCGCUGACAAAGUCACAAUUCCCCGUAUUCACAAUUUACGCUCAGAAGUCAUGCCUUGGCGUGCGCCCGUGCGAGCGCGCUUGGUGUUUCGACCGCGUUCGUGGGUACCACCUCAAAGGGCGAGGCAAGAGGACGCACACCGUUGGCUCGAGGCAGAUGUGCCUCGAUCUGUGCCUCGGCGAGAACGAGUUUGUGUGCAGAUCGGCGAACUACAAUAACAAGACUGGAGAGUGUGUACUAUCGAACAUGGACCGUAUUACACUAGCGGGAACUAACUCUUUCCAACCAAAUGAGGAUACCGACUACUUGGAAAACAACUGCGUCGAAGAACCAACAAAAUUAUGCGAAUUCAAAAAGAUGAAUGGGAGAAUUCUGAAGACUGUCGACUCUGUAUAUCAAGAUGUACAGACAGUUGAAGAAUGUCGAGAAUUGUGUCUAAAUUCACCUUUCCGUUGCCACUCGUAUGAUCACGGCGACACUGGAGAUCAUGUGUGUCGUCUAUCUCAUCAUUCUCGCGCAACUCUUGCUGAUAUUCAGGACCCAUACCUUGAAGUACCCGAAGCGGCCACUUUCGAGCUUUCUUCAUGUUACAAUGUUUCAAUCGACUGUCGCGCUGGUGAUAUGGUCGCUAGAAUUCAAACAUCUAAGCUAUUCGAUGGCAAGAUCUACGCGAAAGGCAGUCCCAAUUCUUGCGUUGUGGAUGUUAAACAAAGUCUUGAAUUUGAGCUCCCUAUGGGAUAUAACAACAUUGAAUGUAAUGUGAAACAAAAUGGACUUGGCAGAUACCUCAAUGACGUCGUCAUUCAACACCAUGAUACCAUCGUCACAUCAUCUGAUCUAGGUUUAGCUGUAACAUGCCAAUAUGACCUCACUAACAAAACUGUCGCGAAUGAAGUCGAUCUCGGCAUUCACGGUGACAUCAAAACGGGACUGACAGAGGAAGUGACUGUUGAUUCACCUAACGUAGCUAUGCGCGUUACAGAUAGGAGUGGAGACGAUACUAUUACAUCAGCUGAAGUCGGAGAUCCUUUGGCUCUUCGUUUCGAAAUCAUCGACCAGAAUUCACCUUUCGAAAUAUUCGUGCGGGAAUUAGUUGCUAUGGAUGGAGUAGAUUCGAGUGAAAUUGUACUAAUCGACAGCGACGGUUGUCCAACUGACGAUUUCAUUAUGGGACCAGUAUUGAAAUCGGCACCAAACGGAAAGAUGCUGUUGUCGCACUUUGACGCCUUCAAGUUCCCCUCAUCUGAAGUCGUGCAAUUCCGUGCUUUGGUCAGUCCCUGUAUGCCAAGCUGCGAGCCGGUACAAUGUGAUGGUGGCCCGAACGAACUCCGCUCUGUCAUGUCUUACGGCCGUAGGAAGAGGCGCUCUACUCCUGCUGCACCUACCGAUGACAUGCUUCUAGUGCAAACGAUCCAAAUAACUGACAAGUUCGGAUUUGACAAACAACGUGCCAAGAAUGUAACUGAAGACUCUGUUUACAUCAGAGAAACAGAUGUUACCUGUGUAAAUGCAGCGGGAGCUAUGCUCGCAGCGGCUGCUUUCUUGGCCGCGCAACUAGUCGUACUAGCAGCAUGGACGUGCAGUUGGCAGCGACGACGUGCGGCUUCAAAAGCUGCAGAACUCCUUCCCGGUCCCACCGCUCCCUCUGCUCUUUGCAAAGUCUACGAUGCCAGUUUCUCUCGUGCACACCAGAGGCACUUCUGAGUAAUUGCAGGCAUAUCACUGCGAUAAGCAUCCGCAAUAAUAGUAUAUUUCAUUAGUUUAAAAACCCCCGUCGAGUCCCGGCUCGUAAGGCCGACGUUUUGCCAGAGCGACACGUCCACCUUGCAUGAAGCGUAGGACAGCGAUAGCGGUUAUUUAAUGGUAGUGACCGAAGGCUCCCAAGUCAUACGCUACGUACGGGCGAGGACUACGGGAGCCUACCACUCGGAGACGGGGACGACCAGAAAAGCGUGAGUGCUUGUGGAUGAAUGUGAGUAGCGACUUGGCGCGCAGUGUGAUCGUCCGUCGAGUGUGUGUCUUGUGUUUGAGAACGUUAGCUUGUCCCCUUCUCUGAAGUUAUCGGCGGGACCGUGGCCGUGUGUCGUUAUCAAGAUCAUGUCGCUCAUUCGUUUAACUUUACGCUCGGAAAUCCUUUCGCGGAAGUCUGAUGACGUAUUGUACCAUAUUUGUUUUUAAAACUAGCGUAAGCCUGAUUUUAAUGAUAGUGAUAAGUAAAAAGUAACAUUUCAGUACCUUGUAAGUAGAUAACCGAACGUGCGACCUAAGUCAAGAGACGAUGGAUUGACGGCCGUCCCGACAUCGUAACUUAUUUAAUUUAGAAUAGUUUCUUUUUACAUAAUUUAUAAUUGAACAUCGAAUUAUACCUAUUUAAUACAUUCCUAAUAUAAAAGAAAUACCUAAAUAAAUAGUAGUGUUUAAAAAGACUUAAUAAUGUGCUAUU